AGGGUUCAAUUCCCUGUGCUGGAAUCCUUGGUUAUUGCUAGCUCAAUGGUGGAGCAUCAGGCCCCGGACCUGAAGGGUGCAGGUUCAAUUCCUGCCCAUACUUCCGCUCAGAUAUGGUAGCUCAGAAGGCAGAGCAUCAGAUUACGAAUCUGAAAGUCACGAGUUCAAGUCUCGUCCAUAUCUCUCAUUCUCCAGCGUAGACUAAUGGUAGGACACUGCAAUCCGGAUGCAGGGGUCAGGGUUCAAUUCCCUGUGCUGGACCGCAGCCAAGCGUAUUCAUUCUACUGGUACUGUACUGUAGGAUGCCAAGUCUGGGACUUGGUGGUCAUUUUUGAUUCCUUGUGUCGGUAUUCAUUCAUCUGGAGGAGAUCAAACUUCACAAGGAACUAUCAUACAUGCAGUAUCUCAUGUAGUGCUCUACUAGCUAGUGUCAGGAUGCAUGUUAGGUUAGGGACACGGCGGUGGGUAAGGGGGGCUGUGAGGGGUCAGUUCCCUUUGCUGUAAACAUCUACGUGCUAAUGUGAACCAAGCAUCGUAGCAUCGUACCGGUAGCCCCUUCCGUACUUUUGGGAACGGAAGCUGGGCUUUUCUGGUUCAGUUCAGGAGUGAUGGUGCUUUGCUUGCCAUGCUUUGUUGCAAGAAUUGCUAACUAAGCAACCAGCCUACUCUCUUAAAAGAGAACCCGUCGACUGGCUGUCGCAGUGGCCCAAAACAAACACAGAGGCUAGUCUAACCCUCUUUAGAUGAUAGCCAAAGCUCCUGCCCGCAAUGAUAAGAAUUUCGAAAAAUCUUUCGCCCAAAUUGAGUUGCAUGUGAAUUUGGCUAUGCCGGCACAGCAGUUAUUCCCGUGAAGGCACAGAUCGUGCCACCGUUCGCUCAAGAAAUGAGACAGCAAGAACAGAGCAAGAUAUCGAGUGCGAACUUCUUCCAAACCAAAGAAGUGAGGUCCAACAACCAAAGCGCGACCUUUCUUACUUACAACACUAUCCAUCUAUCUAUCGACUUGAGAUAGAAGAGAGCAACAGUUGCAACGCCUUGCUAAUAAUAAUAAGGUAGUGGAAGCAGGACCCCGAUCGGAUCGGUGAAGUGAAAAAGAAGAAACAACGGCUUUUUGGGUAUUCUACAGUACUACUUUAGUGGUACCACAGAACAAAAACAAUGAGACAACCAAGUUUUCUGUGGCAACGCGUGCUGCUGCUGUGUUUGCUGUUGGCAGUGCCAACUUAUGGCCAACAUUCAGGUGUCUUGGAUGGACUCUUUCAGGAUUGGUUACAAGGCAGACAAAACAACAAUUCUGAUGCUGGCGGCAAUGGAACCACGGUGGUUCCGAAUGGAGGCAACUCGAGUGGGACGCCUGGAGCUACAGCAGCUGCCAACGGCACUCUCCCUGCUGCUGUAGGAACUACUAAUGGCACAGUUCCCGUGGAUGUAGGAGCACAGUCCAAUGAGACAGUUCCUGUAGCAGUGUCCAACGACACAGUUCCCGUAGCAAUUUCGAACGACACAGUCCCUGUAGCAGUUUCGAAUGACACAGUCCCUGUAGCAGUUUCGAAUGAUACAGUUCCUGUAGCAGUUUCGAAUGAUACAGUUCCUACCGAUCCUCCUGGCACGGUGCCACCAGCGUCAGGGGCCAAUGCAACCGCCACCAGACCACCCGGAGACGACACGACAACCACCCCACCGCCUUCUGAUACGGUACCACCGACCAAUGGUGGUAAUAUUGGUGUUACCCAACCACCGGCAGUUGCGACGAGUGUGCCCUCGGUCGACACAACCGACAUGGUCUACUUUACCAUUGACUUUGGCUUUCCAGAAGGUGUGGCGCGAAUGCCCAAUGCGUCAGAAGUGCAGGACUUGAUCUGUCAAACCAACCUGUUCAUUCAAGGUCGAGUCCAAAAUGCAACCCAAAACACAAUCGUAACCGAGGCAUUCUAUGUUGAUUGGGCAUUCAACAACAACCCGGAUACCACUGCUGUAAACGGUUCUGGUGCCAUGCCCGUAUCGGUCUCAUUUGCAUCCAAGAAUACCAUUGAAAGUACCGGGGGACCCGCCCCAGGGCGUGCUGUCUCCGAUGCCAUGCAAGUGGGAACCGCGGAAAUUGUGGACUACCUGCAAAACUACGUUUGGAAUGUGCAACUCCCAGACAGCUUGUUCCAGAACGCAGACAGUGCCAAUUUCAACGAUGAGCUGGGUCAACCUGUACCACCCGGACAGUUGUCCACGACCACGUGUCCCUUUGAUCCAUCCGCCGAAACUCCCGUUCCAGUGCCCAGUACGACGCCGUUCCCCAGUCCCUUUGACCCGAAUAGCAACGUGACACGUCCCCCGACAGCUGCCAAUGUCACUGCUCCGGCACCUGCUCCCAAUGUCACAGUGGCACGACCACCUACGUUUCCACCGUCUCCGGCGGAAGCACCGGUUCCGCCGGGUGCCACGCGACAGGAAGUCUAUACCAAGUUCGUCGUGUCCAAUUUACAAGGCAUUACGCAAAAUUCCAUUAUCAACAGUAGCGGAUUGUCCGCGGCCUGGCCUGUUUUCGUAGAACGUGUGGUGACUCGAACAGCGGCCGAAAAUGGAGACACAUACACCCCAGGACGACGACAACUACUCAAACAUAAUCGCCGUCGACUAAGUGUCGAAUUGGAGCCCGGCUCGGCGUACAUUCAAGACCUGACAUUGAAUAGCAGCGGCUGUGGCGAAGACACCCAUCCCGACUCGACCUGUCACGAUGCGAUUGGUGCCUACAAUUUGCUGCUGCGUGAAAAUGAACGACCGGGACUGGCAAAGAAUCUAUAUGGGAUUGCCACAGUCGACGCCAUUGAAGCGGGCGAACUUCAAACAGUGAUGAAAGAGGAGACACCCGAUACGCCACUGUAUAUCGGAACUCUUGCCGAUCCUUCGAGUGGAAUGGCCCCAUGGUUGAUCGUCUUGAUCGUGCUUCUGUGCCUCUUGUUCCUCUGCUGUUGCCUCGCCCUGAUUGCGUGGUACUUGAUGCAGGACAGAGAUAGAAGCGGAGGCAAGGAAUUGGAACCCUACGACGAAGAAGGAUUUGCCUACGACUUUUUGAUCCCACCGCAUCACAAGGUACAAACCGAAGCGGAUGAUGAUAUCGAUGAAAGUGCUGCCACCAAGAAUGUCGACGACGACGAACUGUUUGAAGACGAAGAUGGCGUCGCAGUGGCACAAAUGGUCAAGGAUGAUGACGACGAAAAUGAAGUGGCGCCAGCCACAAUCAUGGAAGAAAGCGAUGAUGAUGAAGCCAAGGAAGGCGACGAGGAUGACAGCAGUGAGGACGACGACGAGGAGCAAGUCAACGUCUCUGCUGAGGUAGAAGAUGAGGACGAAGCCGACGACUCUGGCGAUUCUGAUGCUGGCGAUCCCGAACUUGUCCCUGUGAGCAAUGACUUGGAGGAGUCCGAAUCAUUCAAUCAUGAUCCAGAGGCAGAGAACGAAACCGAGGAUGAAUGGGACGACGAAGGCGGCAAAAAGAAGGAGAAGAAGUGAAUUGAAACGCCUCAAACAUUCUUGUAACUUCAUAACGGGAAACAUCUCCCGACAUACAUAGUCAUGAAAGAUUCGAAACUGCACAUGGAGUCGGCUGCUGGUAGCUAGAGCAGUCCAGGAAGAUCUUUCAUAUCUCAAAUUUUGAACUUUGCACCAUUCGCUCCAGAAAGCGCCUGAAUUCUCCUCGAGAGCUCUCGAGCACUCUAUUAUAAAACUUUCCUUCGCAGUGAAGGCAAGAGCUCGUCAAUCAAUCGUCAAGUGCUUCAGUAAGCGCCUGAAUUCUCCUCGAGA